AGAACGGGGAGACAGAGGAGGGGAGUGAAGCUGGAAUAAACACAGACUGUCACACCAGCAGGUGCUGAGGAUUUUUUUUUCAAAAAAAAAAAAAAGGGAAAAGAAAAGAAAAGAAAAACAAAACGAUAGAAAGGGGGAGAGAAAAAGCAAGGCUACUGGGAAAAAGUGUCUUCACAGAUAAGGACAAAGAGGAGAGAACAGAUUGAUAGAAACUAAAACGAUCUUCUUUCCAAACGGGAGAAGCAGAAUCCCCCCCUUUUCUUUUUUUUCUCUCUCUCUGUCUCUGUCUCUCAGCCUCCCUCCCUGAGCCCUGCACCCUUCUCCUCCCCCACGGAUUCUCCCUCCUGACUCGGCUCCCCUUGGAUCCUGCUCUCCUCCUCCUGACCUCCUCCUCUCUCUGGCUGCUGAGAGACAGUGCCACCAUGGAAACUGGGAGCCCAAGGAAGAUUCAGUUCACCGUUCCCCUCCUAGACACCCACCUGGACCCAGAGGCAGCUGAACAGAUCAGAAGACGUAGACCCACACCUGCGACUUUGGUGGCAUCGAGUGAUCAGUCAUCACCUGAAAUAGAUGAAGACCGUCUCCCAAACCAGUUGUACAAGGCAGCCUUGCUGAACUCCCCUAGACAACGGAGAAAAGGGCAAAAGGGGACGCCCACAAUGAAAGAGCUGCAGUUCCUGGUAGAGCACCACCUAUACCGGCAGCAGCAGGGAGCCGGGGAUGAGUGCUCCUCAGAGAGCUGCCUGUCGGACCGGCCCAGCCCUGACUCUGUUCCCCCUGGGGAGGAGCUCCCACACGAUGACGAGGCCACUGCUGAGGCCUUUGAGAAGCUGCGCUGCCAAAUGGAGGCAGAGUUCUCCAGGGAGAGUCUAUUAGAAGCUGCAGGUGGUCUGGGUGGGCAGGAAGCAGCUUGUUCCAACGUCGCUGUCGCAGCAGAUCCCUCUUCGCAACAAAGCAGCACACAGCCAGACACAAAAGCAGCAGCAGCAGCAGCAUCCAGCGUGAGUCAAUUGGCGGAGGAGAAGACAAAGAAAUCCAGCCUGGAGAAGGAGAAAUAGACCAGCCUUCUGUACAGCAGGAUGCUGCUCAGUCUGCUCGGCCAGCCCAACGCAGUGACAAGGAGAUUGUGUGUGCAGACCCACUGGUUUAGAUACAGGAACAUCAGGGCAUCUAUAUUUCUCUCCAGUCAGGCCUUAGUUACCACCUUGGCGAAAAGAAAUAAAAGAUUUCUACACUUAUUUUGUGUCAAAUCCCUACGGAAAGGGACAGUUAUUUGGUUAUAAUAUAUUUGUUUUCUAUAGCUUCCCCUGCACUAAACGUAACUAUGUAUGAACCAGAGUCUAAUGUGCUGACUAGUAGAUGGGGAGAGUGUUUCUAAUGUCACAGUCGUGCACAGUCAUAACUGUAAAGGACCACAGCUCACAUGCUCAAUGCCCCUGUUUAUGUUCAAAAGUAAGAAACAUUCUACUUGUGAUCCUUUUCGACAGUUUUCAUUAUACGUAUGUGCCAUGACGUCUGCAAUAUGGUUCCAUCUCAAAGCAAUAACAUCUGGACUUACUAUUAAUCCUCUUCAUAUAUCACCGGGGAGAAAAAUCCACUACUUAUCCAAUCGAAUGCCAUAACUUUUGACGGUCCCAGUCUAAGAAGGUAAAUGUUGCCGUGGUAGAAGUAGGUUAUCUGAUAGCACAUCUGGCAGUUUCUAAUAAAACAUUUUGCUUCUGUUUAUACCACUGGACUUGCUCUCCAAAAAGCAGGCUACAAGUAACAUUAUCUCAGCUCUACUGUAUGGCAAAAAUGUCUUCAGUCUUAUCAAGGGUGCUGUGGAAGUUAUUAACGACUUAAUCAGCUUAAUCAACAUGUCUCAUUUACACAUUUGUUACUAGACAUUUAUCAAUCAGACCAUGUGCAUGUAAAUGUCUAGUUAACACGCAGGGUGCAAUACGUAUUUUGUUUUACGAUAACAAGGAAGGCGCCACCCCCCUUGAGGCGCCUUGCAGAUUGCACCCUUAUUUUAAUUAAAAAAAAAAAAAAGAAAGAAAGAAAGAAAGAAAGAGAAGAAAAAACUGAGACUCAGUCUUGUUAGAUAGCACUGAAUGUACAGGAACUUCUGUGCAGAUGAAAGGUCCUUACUGUCCCUUGUUUUGUGUCAGAACAGAGAAGACAGUUAAUCAGGCUUUUUGAGCACCAGACACAAAUUCUCAUUACUGCAUUCCUUGAGAAGAACAUUUUGGGCACAGUACUCUAACUCAGACUGAGACAAGACAUUUGAUAUCAUUUUCACAUAUGGGUAGCAUUUCGGGUUAGCUUAGCUUAAAGACUUGAAGUCUAUGGGAGUCAUUAGCCUAGCUCCGUCAAAGUGAAAAAAUAAGCAGCAACUGGGAAGCUGUCUUAUUUACACAGUGUAUCAUUUGUCUUUCAAAUACAUGUCUUGGGAUUGAAAAACAAACAAAGACACA